GUGCCCUGGACCCCGAUUCCCGCAUCCGGCCCCGCUCCGCCCCGCCAGACCCGGACUCCGAGCCCUUGGCGUCCAGAGAUGAACAGCAAUGACUCCUCCCUGAUGGCUGGGAUCAUUUACUACAGCCAGGAAAAGUACUUCCACCACGUGCAGCAGGCCGCGGCCACGGGCCUGGAAAAAUUCAGCAAUGACCCUGUGCUGCAGUUCUUUAAAGCCUAUGGGGCCUUCAGGGAAGAGCACAUCCAGGAUGCCAUCAGCAGCCUGGAGAGCCUCCGGAAUCACCCAGACGUGUCCCUGUGCUCCAUCAUGGCCCUCAUUUAUGCUCACAGGUGCUGUAAAACCAUCGACCAAGAAGCGAUUCAGGAGCUGGAGAGCAGCCUGAAGGAAAUCCGCAAGACGGCCAGCUGGAUUGCCCUCUACUACGCCGGCCUCUUCCUCUGGCUCAUGGGCCGCCAUGACAAGGCCAAGGAGUACGUCGACCGCAUGCUACAGCUGUCCAACGGCGCCAGAGAGGGCUAUGUGCUGAAAGGCUUGGUGGACCUCACCUCAGACAAGCCCCACACGGCGAAGAAAGCCAUCAAGUACCUGGAACAAGGAGUUCAGGACAACAAAGAUGUGCUGGGGCUUUUGGGAAAGGCCAUGUACCACAUGACCCAGCAGAACUACUCGGGGGCCCUGGAGGUGGUGAACCAGAUCACCGUGGUCUCCGAGAGCUUCCUGCCCGCCUGGAUCCUCAAGAUGAAGCUGUUCUUGGCUCGGCAGGACUGGGAGCAGACGGUAGAAACAGGACACAGAAUCCUAGAAAAAGAUAAAAGAAAUAUCGAUGCCUACCAAAUCCUAGCUGUGCAUGAGCUUGCAAGAGAAGGAAACAUGACCACGGCUGCCGAUCACAUUAGAAAUCUGAUUAAGGCGCUAGAGACAAGAGAACCCCAAAAUCCAAGCCUCCAUCUUAAAAAAAUUAUUGUGGUUAGCAGACUGUGUGGGAGGCACCAGAUGAUUCUACAGCUGGUGUGCAGCUUCAUCGAACGUACCUUUCUGGCCGCACCCACCUACACCCACCUGGCCAUAGAGCUGGGCUACCUCUUCAUCCUGCAGGACCAAGUGAAAGAGGCAUCCGUGUGGUACUCGGAGGCCAUGAAAGUGGACGAGAACAGUGUGGCCGCCUUGACAGGGAUCAUCUGGGGCCAGAUCCUAGAGGGCCACCUGGAGGAGGCCGAGCACCAGCUGGAAUUCCUGAAGGAGGUGCAGCAGUCCCUGGGGAAGUCAGAGGUGCUGGUUUUCCUCCAAGCCCUUCUGGCCUCCAAGAGGCACAAGGGGGAGCAGGAGGUGACGGCGCUGCUGCAGGAGGCGGCCGAGCUGCACUUCUCCUACAUGCAGGGCCUCCCCCUGGGCCCCGAGUACUUCGAAAAGCUGGACCCCCUCUUCCUGGUCUGCAUCGUCAGGGAGUACCUGUUCUUCUGCCCCAAGCAGCCCCGGUCGCCAGGCCAGAUCGUGUCUCCACUUCUUAAGCAAGUCGCGAUGAUCUUGACUCCUGUCGUGAAGGCAGCACCAGCUCUGAUUGGCCCCUUGUAUGUGAUGGCUCAGGUCAAGUAUCUCUCAGGGGAAUUGGAGAAUGCCCAGAGCACCGUGCAGCGCUGCUUGGAGCUGGACCCCGCCUCCGUGCACGCCCACCUCCUCAAGGCCCAGAUCUACCUGGCGCAGGGCAACUUUGCCAUGUGCUCCCACUGCUUGGAGCUGGGCGUCAGCCACAACUUCCAGGUCCGAGACCACCCCCUCUACCACUUCAUCAAGGCCAGGGCCCUCAACAAGUCCGGGGACUAUCCAGAAGCCAUCAAGACCCUGAAAAUGAUCAUCAAGUUACCAACCCUGAAGGCGGAAGAAGGCAAGAAGGUCCGCGGGCCUUCUGUGGGGCCCAGUGAGCGGGCAUCCAUCUUGCUGGAGCUGGCAGAUGCCCUCCGGAUGAACGGGGAGCUGCACGAGGCCACCAAGGUCAUGCAAGAUGCCAUCGACGAGUUCAGCGGCACGCCGGAGGAGACCCGCAUCACCAUCGCCAACGUGGACUUGGCCCUGAGCAAGGGGAACGUGGACAUGGCGCUGAGCAUGCUGAGGAACAUCACGCCCAAGCAGCCCUACUACACGGAAGCCAAGGAGAAGAUGGCCAGCAUCUACCUGCACACCCGCAAAGACGUCCGCCUCUACAUCGGGUGCUACCGGGAGCUCUGUGAACAUCUGCCUGGCCCCGACACCAGCCUGCUGCUGGGCGAUGCCUUCAUGAACAUUCUGGAGCCCGAGAAGGCCCUGGAGGCUUACGACGAGGCCUAUAGAAAGAACCCACACGACGCCUCCCUGGUCAGCAGAAUCGGGCGCGCUUAUGUGAAGGCCCACGAGUACACCAAGGCCAUCAAUUUUUAUGAGGCAGCCCAGAAGAUUAGCGGCCAGGACUUUCUGUGCUGUGAUCUGGCUGAGCUGCUCCUGAAGUUAAAGAAGUUCAACAAAGCAGAAAAGGUUUUGAAGCCACUAGAACAUGACGUAGCCACAGACAUCCCAUCCAUGAUGAAUGAUGUCAAGUGCUUGCUUUUGCUGGCAAAGGUUUACAAGAGCCAUAAGAAAGAAGAUGUGCUGGAAACCUUGAACAAGGCCCUGGACCUCCAGUCUCGGAUACUGAAGCGUGUUCCGCUGGAGCAACCCGAGAUGAUCCCCUCCCAGAAGGAGCUGGCAGCCUCCAUCUGCUUCCACUUUGGGGAGCACUACGUGGCGGAGAAGGAGUACGCCAAGGCGGUGCGGUCUUACAAGGAUGCCCUCUCCUACUCGCCCACUGACAACAAGAUGACGGCAGACCUGAUGUUUAGGAAGCAGGAAUACGAAGCUGCCAUCAACCUCUACCACCAAGUUCUGGAGAAAGCGCCAGGCAGUGGGGAUCCACCUCAGCCCCCUUCUGAGGCCACAGCCCCCUGGAAGUGGCUGAGAAAUUCUCCCCUGGUGUGUCGCUCCAUUGCCUCUCACUACGGCAUCGACCCCUCCCCCGCUCCUGGCCCGAGAAGGCGCCAGACACAGCAGGCCGCAGCCGUCUGCCCAGAGGCCCAGCGGAUCCUAGCUGUUAGUGACAGCUCGAAGAUGCUCUUGUCGUUCUUUGAAUUGCCCAAGAGUAUGUCUAGCCGCGUGCUUUUGGAGCCAGGGUUCAACUACUGCACAGGCAUCUACCACUGGCAUAUAGGGCAACCCACGGAAGCCCUGAAGUUCCUAAACAAAGCCCGCAAGGACAGCACUUGGGGCCAGAGCGCCACCUGCUACAUGGUGCAAAUCUGUCUGAACCCAGACAACGAGAUAGUGGGAGGAGAGGCCUUCUACAACUUUGUGCCCGAGAGCAUCUCCUCCAGCAGGAAGGAGUCGGAGCAGCUGGGCGUGCGAACCGCUGAGAAGCUGCUGCGGGAGUUCCACCCGCACACGGCCUGGGGCCAGACCCAGCUGCAGCUGCUGCAGGGCCUCUGCCUGCUGGCCACCAAGGAGAAGGCGAACAUGGAGGCCGCGCUGGGCACCUUCAUCCAGAUGGCACAGGCUGAGAGGGACAGCGUCCCCGCGCUGCUGGCCAUGGCGCAGGCCUACAUGCUGCUGAAGCAGGUCCCCAAGGCCCGCACGCAGCUGAAGCGUCUGGCCAAGGCCCCGUGGGCGCUGGCCGAGGCCGAGGACCUGAGAGAGCUGGCUCCUGUCCUCGGGAAGUACCCCAACUAUCCCAAAAUCAGAGAAGAAAUUUUGGUAAAGGCCCAGGGGUCCCUGAGGGCCUAG